AUGGCUCUGGCCCACCACGACUUGACUCGGCCAUACCUGCAUUAUCGCGUGGAGCCCACUAAUUUAAUCGCAACGCGUCUCAUCCCUGCGUCAUCCGUUAUUCGCCUCUCCCCGUCCGUCCGCAAGCUGGAUCUCGUCGGCGAGUCCACUAAUUUAGCCGCCACGUCAGCAGCCACAUCGCAUCCACUAUCCGAGCUGUUGAACAGCUCCACGCUCCGUUUAAGAAGCCCAAGCAGACGUGGCGCCUCCGCAACACGGUCUUCAGCGGCAGCGUCGGAUUAUCCAGGAUCUGUGGAGCGAUCCGCGGAAGAGAGCGAAGCAGGAAGCUCUGGCGGCGGCGGAGCAGCGGCGGUUAAUGUGCUGGAUCGGGGGACUAAUGCAGAAGAGGCAUCGCUGCUUGCAGAGCGUAGAGGUAACGCGCUGGGGGAGUCGCGGGACGGCUUUUUCUGGAGCGAUUCAGAAGACGAGGCAGGAGGAAGGCAUGGAAAUGGCCGUGGCGAUGACGAUGGUGAUGGAGGGAAUGCGAGGCGCGAUACUCACUCAACAACCUCUUUGUCGCCGCCGUCGCGACUGUGGCACGUGUUGUCCGUGAUCAAUGACAGUACCAAGUGGGUGGCUACAGUCGCGACAGCCGUGACGGUGCUCGCGACGCACAACCGAGCCGCGGCGUGGUUCGUGGUGGGCGCCGUGCUCAACGUCGCCAACGGCAAGGCGCUCAAGCGCAUUCUCCGCCACGAGCGGCCCGAGACGGCGCGCGGAAAGAAGGCGGAUCCCGGCAUGCCGUCGUCGCACGCGCUGAGCCUGUCGUACCUCUCCGUCUAUGCCGCUGUUGCAGGUCUGCAGUGCUAUGGCAUGACACCAUACACCAUAACUGGCGCCUCUCUACUGGUCUCUCUUGCGGCCUUCUUGGUAAGCCAUAGCUCAGGAGCAGUGCUUGCUGGCACGCUCUAG